AUGCCCAACUUCAAAAAUAGGAAGAUCGAGCAGAUCAAAUGCGCGGAAGGAAUAGAUGCUUACGCGGCUAUCAAGCGUGACCAUGGCGAGGACUCAGAAAAGAUGAGGAAAUAUUUUGAAGCAUUGGCCCUUAUUUCCAGGGACCAUGGGAGAACGCCCUUCCCAUGGAACGGUGAUGAACCAUAUGCAGGUUUUACGAAGGACACAAAACCUUGUAUCGAUAUGAAUGAUUCAUCUAGAGACGGAAUCAAUGCAGAAGCUGAAUUAAAAGAUAAAGACUCUGUUUUCUUCUCUUGGAAAAAGUCCUUACAGUUUAGAAGAGAAUACAAAGGUAUUCUUGUGUAUGGACAAUGA